AUGCACUGCUCCAGUCGGGCUCUGACAGCAAGCAGCAGCUCCGGUGGUUCCAGCGCUCGUUAAAGCAUGAGGAUCCUCUCGGGUUUCGAACUUCGUUCUCCCGGUAUCCGCUAUGGUUCCGCUCGCUAACAGAGUUCCGUUCGGCGCAAUGGAGCGACUCUGAACCUGAACGCGUCGGCCCGCUGAUAUGGAGGAGGCUCCCAGCAGCUCGGACGCUCUCCAGCCUCAGGAUCUGUCCUCCGCCUGCAGUCUGCCUGACAUUGAGUGUUUAUUAAAAGCCAAUCCCAUCGACGCUCUGCGUGUGGUCCCGACGCCAGCCUGGAUCCUCGGUCCCGGGACCAGCAAUGGGAUUCUGCUUUCAGAGAGCGACUCCGAGCCGACGAUUCCCGCAGGUCAGAUCCAGCCGGACGAAGCGUUCUCCAACACCACUGUCACGCUGUCCUACGUCAGCCGCUCGCACCUCUUUUCAGAGCAUUCCCCAGUGUACGGCGUUCCUUCGGCGUUUCUCCGAGCGUACGAUGCAGGGAAGCUGGCAGCGGAUGCUGGGGAUGUGGACUGUGUCCAGCAGGUCUCCGUACCACUCGGAUUAACAACCUGCGAACAGUUGGGAUUCCUGACGCCAGAGCAGGUCGUGGAAAACAUGGCAGCGCUGUGCUACCUUCAGCAGCCAGAUGUGGAAAACCUUGCAUUGGAAACGCUCAAGUCUUUACAAGCGAAUCCAGGCGAGUGCAGAUUUCCCAUCAGCGUGGACGAACUCCAGAACGGAGCUGCGAAUGGGCUCUGGAGUGUGAAUCCAUUCCAAGGAGGAUUUCCAGAGGAAAACGGCGGCGAUGUUGAAGGAUUGCAUCCGAACGUUAAUCCAGAGCUUGUGCUUUUGAUCUCCAGAUCUGAGGAGCCGCUCAUCCUACCCAAUGAAGCCACGAGCUUCGCUUUAUCGUUAAACCCAGAGUUUGUAAGUCCGUUAGAUUCUGCGUUACCUUCCGAAGAGCAAACGCAAGAUGAUAGUGCACAAAAUGCAACUCCCCCUAGUGGACUAAUGAAUGAUGCAAUGCAAAAAGAAGCGAUCGAAGUCAUGAACUCAUCAUCAUGUGUCAAACUAACCAAGCAAACCGAGAACGACGCAUCAGAUGCGUUCAAAACAAGUGAUGACUUGGUCAUUAAAACUAAGAAGAUUCCAGAGAGGAAGACGCUGCCGCCGAGAGCUGGACGAGGCAUGAGGCUCGAAGCCAUCGUUCAAAACAUGCAACUCUUCAGAUGCAAAUCAACUCGUGUGGUAAAACCUCGAGGAACAAACAAACCAUCGAGGGUAAAAACACACAACAGUGUGUUGGCUGAAAAGACAGAAGUGCAGCAUGUACACACCGAGCCAACAGAAGUCAGACGCUCGAGCAGACGCAAAGCCACGAUAUCUACCUCAACUCCUGUAAAGACGUUUUUAAAAUGCACAAAGAAUGAGUCGACGAACAGAAACUGUAGUUCGUUAACAAGCAACCAAGGGAAUCAAGCAGUGCACAAACAUAACGUUUCAAUAAAGAAAUCCGUCAAACGCAAAAAUAAGAAAUGCAAAAGCACACCCUUCUUCUCUGCGCAGGAACCUGAAAUAAAUCUCAAAUGUCUCAAGCUGAAGAAGAAGGAGGUGCGGGAUGAUUCGUUUGCGCCGUAUGUUCGCGUGCAGUUUUCGAAUUGUACGAUUGUCAACUAUCCCAAUGAGAAACGAGGGAAGAGUAAGACGUCUGCAGGUUUUUUGUCCGGGAUAACGCCCGCGACUCCUGGAUUUCAACAUGGACGGGUUAGCAUGGACGGCGAACAUCAGGAUUUGUUGGUUUGUUGUCUCUGCGGGAGCUCAUCUAAUGCGAUGGAUCUCGGAGAUCUGCAUGGGCCGUAUUAUGCGGAAGGCUUCAAACCAGCCUCCAAAGUUGCUUCUAAUCAUCAAGAGGACGAGAAUAGUGACUCAGACUCGUCUUUUAGAGGAAAAACCGCUGCUGAGGGAAACUGGACAGACUCUCUGGAUUGGAGAUGGAGCGGAGUUGGCGAGCCAGCCAGGAGAGUCAGGACAGACUCCCCUAUUGAUUGGUACAGUCCGCCGGUGGUUCCUCUGCACGAAACAGAGCACUGGUUUCAUGAGGACUGCGCCAUUUGGUCUGCAGGGGUGUUUCUGGUUCGGGGAAAACUGUAUGGGCUGGAAAAUGCUGUCAAGUUGGCAAAAGUGUCGGUUUGUUCCACUUGUCAGAGAACAGGAGCGACGCUGGGCUGUGUUUAUAAAGGCUGUCUGAACAAAUACCACUACACCUGUGCAGUACAGUCAGGCUGUGUAUUAAAUGAGGAUAAUUACUCAAUGAAAUGCAGAAAGCACAAGAACUCCUCAUAUCAUCAGAUCAACAGGUGACAGCAGACGGAGAGCAGCACGGCAGAUGCUGAGAGCGUGUUCAGACUUCAGUGAUUCAGUCUGGAGCUUCACAUUCGGAAAGCCUUAAAGACCUCACUGCUGCAGGAGAUUCACACUGUAUCCGAAAUCGCCCACUAUACCCUCGUUCACUGUUCCCUACACUGUCAAAAGCAUCUCUUCAUCAGCAGUUUCAGUGUUUGUUUGUGUUGCUGAACUGCAUUAUGGGAUGUUGAUCUCUGCUCUGUCCACUUCUGAUACUGAAUAUUCUGCUCUUCAGUUUAACCAAGUGACUUUUAUUGACAUUUUAGUGAUUUGAAAUAAUAUAAGAAGAAAUAUCUAGAGGAGUGUGUAGAGUAGCGGAACAUGUGCUGCAGUUUAUUACAAGGUGUUUAUAGUGUAAAACACAACACCAAUCCAGACAGAACAGCACUCUGCACUGUUAAAAAUGGUCAUAAAAUCACUUUUCAAGGGUAAAAGUUGUUGUGAAGAAAGAUUAGGAUCCCAUACUGCAAUUCAAAAAAUGAAUCCGAAAAUACAGAAAUGAGGAUGAUCAGAUGAGGGUUAUAUUUUAAUCCUCCCACUCAGAUCAUGUUAUUGAACACUCAGUCUAUUAGUAAUGAAACAAAGAUGUCAGAUUUCUGUCAUGAUAUACAUCGUCACUUUAAUUAAAUCACUUAUUUUUAACUACACACCAAUAGGAUUGUGCUUUAGACGCCACCUAGUGGUCAGAUGUGGAAACUCAGUCAGCUCUCGCAGUGCAUUAUGCUACAUUGGCUCGUUCUGAAGAUGUACCCUUAUAUACAUUUCUGCAGAUCACGAGUUAUGUAGCCAGAAGUACAUAUGGCUGCUUUUUGCCUUUAAAACGAACAUUACGCACCACUUACCUUCACAUGGACAGCUUUUCCGUUGUUACCAGUUUCUCCAGUGGUGCAGAGCUGACAGCCAGGACGAGGUUUGAGUCUGCUGAAGAUCCGUUCCAGAAAGGAAAAAA